AUGACAGCUGGAUAUCCUACUGUCGAUGAUACACUUCCAAUUAUGAAAGCCUUCCAAGACGGUGGCGUUGAUAUUAUUGAAUUGGGACUACCAUUUAGUGAUCCCAUUGCCGAUGGUCCAGUUAUCCAAAUGGCAGACACUACCUCUUUAAAUAAUAAUGUCACCAUUGCUGAUACUUUGAAGUUUUUACGUGACUCCAGAAAGGAAGGUGUCACUGUUCCAGUUAUUUUAAUGGGCUAUUAUAACCCACUUUUGAACUAUGGUGAAGAAAAAUUCGUAAAGGAUGCUGCUGAAGCAGGUGCCAGUGGUUUUAUUAUUGUUGAUUUACCACCAGAAGAGGCUAUUAAAUUCAGACAAUAUUGUGUUAAGUAUGGUUUAAGUUUAAUCCCCUUGGUGGCUCCUAGUACUACUGAUAGCAGAUUAAAAGUGUUGGCCGGUGAAUUAGCUGACUCCUUUAUAUAUGUUGUUUCCAGAAUGGGCACCACUGGGGUUCAAGACAAGAGCGUUGCUACCAACCAUUUGAAUGAAUUGUGUUCUCGAGUUAGAAAAUAUGCUGGCCCAGAUAUUCCAAUUGCUGUUGGUUUCGGUGUUUCUACUAGAGAACAUUUCGUAAAUGUCGGUAAGUCUGCUGAUGGUGUAGUGAUUGGUUCCAAGAUUGUUUCCUUGGUUGCUGAGAAAAAAACCACUGAAGAGAGGUAUAAUGCUGUCAAAAGUUAUGUUGAAGAAAUAUUAAACAACAAGAAGCACAAAAUUUUAACGCCACAAGAAUUUGAAGAAUGGAAACAAAAUUCAAUUAAGGAGGCUGCUAACAACCAGGCCAAGCCAAUUGACUUCCAAGAGGAACACAAACAUUCUAGUACCUUUGGUGAAUUUGGUGGUCAAUAUGUUCCAGAAGCAUUACAUGCUUGUUUAAGAGAACUGGAAGAAGCUUUUGAAAGUGCUAUUGCUGAUCCAAAAUUCUGGGAAGAGUUUAGGAGUUUGUAUCCAUACAUGGGUCGUCCAUCCUCCUUGCAUAAGGCGGAAAGACUAACUGAUUAUUGUGGUGGUGCUAACAUUUGGUUAAAAAGAGAAGAUUUAAAUCAUACUGGUUCUCACAAAAUCAACAACGCUUUGGCUCAAAUUCUAAUCGCUAAAAGGUUGGGGAAAACACAAAUUAUUGCAGAAACUGGUGCCGGCCAACAUGGUGUUGCCACCGCUACUGCUUGCGCCAAAUUUGGUUUAUCGUGUACUGUCUUCAUGGGAGCUGAAGAUGUUCGUCGUCAAGCUUUAAAUGUUUUCAGAAUGAGGAUUUUAGGUGCCAAUGUCGUUGCAGUCACUAACGGUACAAAGACUUUAAGGGAUGCCACGUCAGAAGCCUUCCGUUACUGGGUUUCCCACUUGAAAACCACACAUUAUGUUGUCGGAUCUGCUAUUGGCCCACAUCCAUACCCAACCUUGGUCCGUACUUUCCAAAGUGUUAUCGGUCAAGAAACUAAAGAGCAGUUCAAAGAAUUAAACAAUGGCAAACUACCGGAUGCAGUUGUUGCCUGUGUCGGUGGUGGUUCCAACAGUACCGGUAUGUUUUCUCCAUUUGAAAAAGACACUGGGGUCAAAAUGUUGGGUGUUGAAGCCGGUGGUGAUGGUUUAGACACAGCCUACCAUUCUGCCACUUUAACUGCUGGAAGACCAGGUGUUUUUCAUGGUGUCAAGACUUAUGUUUUGCAAGACAAUGAUGGACAAAUUCACGAUACUCAUAGUGUUUCUGCUGGUUUAGAUUAUCCAGGUGUUGGACCAGAACUAGCUUAUUGGAAAGCUUCUGGGCGUGCUCAGUUCAUUGCUGCUACUGACGCUCAGGCUUUGGAAGGUUUCCGUUUAUUGUCUCAAUUGGAAGGUAUUAUUCCAGCUUUAGAAUCAUCCCAUGCCAUUUACGGUGGUGUUCAGUUGGCAAAAACUAUGUCCAAAGAUCAGCAUAUAGUCAUCAAUGUUUCUGGAAGAGGUGACAAAGAUGUACAAAGUGUUGCUGAGGUUUUGCCAAAAUUAGGUCCAAAGAUUGGUUGGGAUUUAAGAUUUGAAGAAGAUCCAAGUGCUUGA